AUGAAGUUCUCUGCUGUCUUUGCUACUUUGCUGGCUGCUGGCAUCGCCAGUGCGCAGUUUGGCAACAUUCCCCAGUGCUCGGUGCAAUGUCUCGUCGAUGCGCUCACCAAGGAUGGAUGCGAUCAGUUGACCGACUUUGCGUGUCACUGUCAAAAGCCCGGACUUGUUCAGACGGUCACGCCUUGCGUCCAGGAAGCCUGCGGUGCACCUGAGCAGGCUGCCGUCUCCAGUGUCGUCGUCGAUCAGUGUUCUAAAGCCGGUCACCCCAUUUCUGUGCCGCCGGUGGGGGGAGGUGGAGGAUCUGCUACAUCUGCCCCUACCACCGGACCGGCAUCCACGACCUCGGGGUCCAUGACCCUUCCUACCGUGUCGUCUUCGGCUCAUGGUUCAUCGAGUCAAGCCGGGUCUUCUUCUCGUCCGGCUUCCUCGUCGCCAGGGGGCUCGGCUAGCCGUACACCGUCCGGCUCUGGCUCUCUCACCUCUCACGCACCCACGGCCACCUCGUCCACUCUCCUCGCGACCGGCGCAGCUUCCCACCACAAGGAUAACAUUGUCGGUGUGGUUGCUGCUGCUGCGGCCGCCGUUUACAUGUUCUAG